CUAGCAUGGGCCUGGUGGGGCAUUGAUUAAACUGCUACAUCGAUCAGCUCAGGACCCACCAACUCUCCGUUGCUGCUUGAUUGCUUCUUUGGCUACAUACACCCGUAGCUGCUUGGUCGAUUCACAUUGAGCACUGUCAUCUCAGAUCCACACAGAAACAACAGGGAUGGAGGCGACGGUGCUGAGCGUGGGCAAAUCGGCGGUGAGCGGAGCUCUUAGGUAUGCCCAAUCUGCCGUUGCAGAGGAGGUGGCGCUGCAGCUGGGAGUGCAGCGCGACCAGGCCUUCAUCAGGGACGAGCUCGAGAUGAUGCAAUCUUUCCUAAUGGUUGCUCACGACGAGCGAGACGACAACAGAUUGGUCAGGACCUGGGUGAAGCAGGUCCGCGACAUGGGCUACGACGUGGAGGACUGCCUCCAGGACUUUGCCGUUCGCCUCGAGGAGCCAUCCUGCUGGUGGCGCAUCCUGAGGACCCUGCUUGACCGGCGCCAUGUGGCCGUGCAGAUGAAGGACCUCCGAGCCAAGGUCGAAGAUGUCAGCCAGAGGAACCUGCGCUACCACCUCAUCAGGGGCCCUGCCGCUGGCCCAAAGUCCAUGGCUGCCGUCGCCGAGCAGUACUCUGCAGGCAGCAAGGCCAGUGCUACAAUGUUUGGCAUCGAGGAAGCAAGGCAUACCAUGAAGCCGAGGGUAGAUCUCGCCCAACUCAUCAACAAGGAGCCGGGCAGGGAUCAUAGAGUGAUAGCGGUGUGGGGAGCAGGUGGUGUUCUUGGUCAAGCUUCCGUGAUAAGGAGCGUGUAUGUUGAUUCAGAUAAGUUUGAAUGUCGUGCCUGGAUCAAGCUUACACAUCCUUUCGACCCGAUCGUAUUCAUGCAAAGCAUUAUGAGGCAGUUCUAUGGAUAUUCUUCUUCUUUUCCAGAAUUACCAGCUGAGGGACAGAGUUGUCAAGAAAGAGGGGGCACUAUAGGGGCUGAAGUUCUCAAGAAGAUGCUGAUGAUGAAGCGAGAAGAUUUGGUUGAUGAGUUCAAUGAGCAUGUGAACAACAAGAGUUACUUGAUUGUUCUUAACGACCUGUGUAGCCUAGAAGACUGGGACUGGAUUAGAACUUACUUUCCUGUCAACGGUAAUGGUAACCGGAUCAGUGUGGCCGCACAGCAAUUUGAAGUUGCAAACUUAUGUGUCGGUACAAAAUGCCAGGUCUCAGAGCUUAAACAAUUAGCUACUGACCAAACUCUCUAUGCUUUCUACCACAAGGGCCCUACAGAUGGAACAGACUCAAUGAAGCCAGAACCGAGCUCAAACAUGGCCAGUGCCGCUACUAACAGAUCUACAUCGCCCGAUCGUGAGAUAGCUGAUGAUCAAGAUAAAGAUGGUGCCCGCGGGAAGGACGAGGCCAAUCCAGCCAGCUGCAGCAAAGAACUUCAAGUGAUAUCAGUGUGGGGAAUGGGUGGUGUGGGGAAAACUGCUCUGGUCAAGGAAAUCUAUCAAAGCCAAGAACUAGCUGGAGCGUUCGAGAAGCGGGCCUGUGUCACGGUCAUGAGCCCUUUCGAUAAGGUUCAGCUCUUGAGGAGCUUAGCUAUGCAGCUAGUGGUGGUAGAACCUCCUGAAGAUUAUGAAACGAUAUGCUCAUUGGGCAGCAGAGCCAAAACACCAUUGUUUUGGUCGAUUCAAAAGCUCAAGAAUGAGAUGGAAAGUAUUCUGAAAGAAAAGAAGUGCUUGAUUGCUUUUGAUGACUUGUCAUCAACCACUGAAUGGGACAUGAUAUGGUCUAGCUUACCUCAAAUGGGAAAUGCAAGCCGGAUCUUAGUCACCACAAGGGAAGAAAAUGUUGCCAAUUAUUGUUCAAAGGAACAAGAAAAUGUAUGCAAGCUUCAAGUUCUAGAUAGGGAGCAUGCACUCGGCCUCUUCAUGAAAAAGGUAUUUAAGGAGAAGGAACAUUUGCAUCGGCAAUAUCCUGAGUUGAUUGAACAAGCAGAGCAACUUCUGAAGAAAUGCGACGGCCUUCCUCUUGCAAUAAUCGCCAUAGGUGGCUUCUUGGCAAAUCAACCAAAAACUGCCAUGGAGUGGAGAAAACUGAAUCAGAACCUUAGUACUCAGUUGGAGAUGAAUCCAGAGCUCGACACAAUAAGAACGGUCCUUCUCAAAAGCUAUGAUGGUUUACCCUAUCAUCUCAAGGCUUGUUUCUUGUAUCUGGCAAUCUUCCCCGAAGACUAUAAGAUUAGUCUAACACGUUUGUUGCAGCGGUGGGUCGCAGAGGGCUACUCAAGAGAGGUGAAUGGAAAGUCUUCGUAUGAAAUAGCAGAGAGUUACUUCAGGGACCUCGUAAGCAGGAGCAUGAUCCUACCAACCCGGCGAUCAGGUCAUAGUAGCAAUGAAAUGGGCUCUUGCCAGCUCCAUGAUAUCAUCCGUGAGAUUGGCAUCUCAAAAUCAGUGGAAGAAAAUCUUGUUUUCAGGUUGGAGGAAGGUUGCAGCUUAAACAGCCAACACAGAACACGUCACCUCUCUGUAAGCAACAAUUGGAAGGGAGACCAGAAUGAAUUUGAGAGCACGGUAGACCUGUCUCGUGUUCGAUCAAUAACAAUCUUUGGGAAGUGGAGACCAUUCUUCAUCUCCAACAAGAUGAGGUUGCUGCGAGUGCUGGACUUGGAAGGCACUUCAGAUCUGGUUGAUCAUCAUCUCAUGCACAUUGGGAAGCUUAUCCACUUGAGAUACCUUUCCUUGAGAGAAUGUUAUGGAAUUUAUCACCUGCCAGGUUCUUUGGGUAACCUGAGGCAACUUCAGACACUAGACAUCACAGGUACAAACAUAAUCAAACUGCCUAAGACGGUCAUAAAGCUCCGGAAGCUACAGCACGUUCGUGCCAGGGGCGUUGGGAGCAACGAUGAUUGUACGUAUGGAGAGUAUCCAGAAGAGGUGCCGAAGAUAAUGAGGAACAAGCUAUGCAUCCUGACCUGCUCCUCGGUGGGGUUCUGCGUGGCAUGUUGCGCGCCUCACCUUCUGAAGGAGUGCAUGGGUAUUGAUGGGGACAUCAACAGGCGUGAUGUCUGCACCGCAUGCUGCUGCUCCUAUCUGCCGAUGCAGGUGAAACGCCGGAGCAGACGCGGUGUUAGAGUGCCCAGAGGGAUCCACAGGCUCAAAGCCCUGCACACGCUGGGUGUGGUCAACGUCUCAAAGAAGGCUACUCUGAGAGAGGUAGCGAGGCUCACCGGGCUGCGCAAGCUGGGAGUGACCGGCGUUGAUGAGAGCAACAGCGGAGAGCUAUGUUUGGCCCUGGCCAAUCUCAGCUGUCUAGAGUCGCUGCUAGUGCAGUCGGAGGGUAAGCCGGGUUUAUUUGGCUGCUUGAAUGGCUUGUCCUCACCUCCGGAAAACCUUGAAAGCCUGAAGCUGUAUGGCAAUCUGGAAUGUUUGCCAACAUGGAUCGACGAUGGGCUAAAAAAUCUGACAAAGCUCAACCUGCGGAGUUCCAGGAUAUCGGGCCAUGAUACUGCCAUAAAAGUCCUUGGGAGUCUACCAAACCUAGCGAUCCUGCGUCUGCGCAAAGAGUCGUUUGAGGGUGAAGAGGUCCAUCUUCAUUUCCGUCGGGGCGCAUUCCAGACCCUAAUGGUGCUGGAGCUGAGUUCCCCAGGUAAGCUCAAAUCUGUGAGGUUUCAAAAGGGAGCAACCCCUAAGCUUGAGCUGCUGCAAUAUAAGUAUUCUGAUCAGCCUGAGGAAGAUGUUGUUUCAAAAGAAAACGAUGACGAUCAGUUUAAAGAAGCCCCUAGAGUUGGGUUGUUUUCUGGGCUAGCAUCUCUGGGAAGCCUCAAGGAAUUUCUGCUCAUGGGUGGCAACUACAAGGGCGACUUCGUGAAAAAUUUACGAUCCCAACUUGAGUCGAACCCGAAACAGCCUCUUCUCAAGAUGGACUGAGCUGAGCCACUGCAUGUCUUGUUUGAUGUUUCUGUUGCUGCCCACUUGUUUUGAACUGACAAUCUGCCGCUGAACUGUUUUGGGUUUUUUGA